AUGGCCUUGUAUACCACGCAAGAGGAGCUGGAAGCCCUUGUCAGCGAUUAUCGUCGCGAUCUUGAACGGAAGGAACUGCAACGUCAAAAGUCCCUCAAAGGCCGACCAUCGCUCAUACAACAGGUGCCACCGGAAGUUCUCUUAGAGGUUUUCUCCAUCCUCGUCAACAACGACUCGAGAAACAUGGUCUUUCCAUCGCAUGUUUGCCGUCUCUGGCGUGGUUUAAUCACGGAAUCGUCCUCUCUCUGGACGUGCAUAGCCCUCGGUCACUACAACGAAGACAAGGAAGCUGUUUUCGCUUACCUACAGACUGUCGUCUCACGAGCCGGCCCCCGCCAACUUUCACUUUCAAUCUAUCCCGACAGCAAAUUUCUGACUGCAUGCGAGCUCCUCAAGAUCGUUCUGAAGGUCGCAGAGAAUGCGGAAUGGUGCUCGCUUUGCUAUGAAUCGUACAAGAUCGAUGAAUUCGUUCCUUACUUUGAUGGCAGCGCCAACGUCGCUCAUGUCAGGAGCCUGUCUCUGAUAUGCCGUGUGCGGGAUUUCGGGAUUUUCGAGUUGGACCUGCCAGGCGGAGUGGUCGACAUGCAGCCCUUUGUGCAACUGCGUUCAUUGACCCUUGAAUUUCUUCAACAAGUCCGCACCGCAAAUGUGUUGGCUCCGUGGGAUCAGCUCACGGCUCUGAACCUUGGGGCUUACAUGGACUCCCUUCGCUAUCUGACCAUCCUCCGUUCCUGCGUCAACCUAGAAACUUGCAGACUAUGCCCCGAUACGAACGACGACAUGCAGAAGAUAUCUCAUGAAGAACUGGAACGCGACCCAAUCCAGCUGACUCAACUCAAGCGACUCCACCUUACGACCUACCGGGUCCCUGCCCUAAUCCCGUGGAACCUCCAAUGCCCAGCACUCCAAGAUGCCACCUUCGAUUACGAUGAGAAUGACGACAAUGACGAAUGUUGCGAAUUGAUAUCGUUUAUCCGAAGUUGUGGCACCACGUUACAGAAAAUGCAGCUUCCUGGAAUAGCGACUGACUACUUCCAUGAGAUGCAAGACGACUUGAAGGUCCUCGAGAGGCUCACCAUAUCUGGUCCAUUUGGCUCGCCCGAUAUCGAUGAAUUAUCCAAAAAAGAAAUCUACACUGCCGGCAUUCGUUUUUUUUCGGGAAUCUCAUUGAUCAGCCCGAGGCUCUUCCUCGACUGA